GUUGUUAUGCCUGUUCGAUGCAGUUGUGGUGUGCGCAACGCAACUCUAAAAAGGCCAAAAACAGGACAUGCGUUGUGUAAGGAAUGUUUCUACAAGGUGUUUGAAGAGGAAGUGCAUCGGACGGUGACCGAUGGAAGGAUUUUCAAAAGAGGAGAAACAGUUGCCGUCGCUGCAUCGGGAGGAAAAGACUCUACUGUUCUCGCUCAUGUGAUGAAGUUACUUAACGAACGUUAUGAUUAUGGACUAAAUCUCAUCUUGUUAUCAGUCGAUGAAGGAAUUACUGGCUACAGAGACGAUUCAUUAGAAACAGUCAGGAGGAACCAACAGCAGUACGACUUACCACUAAAAAUCAUUUCAUACAAGGAGCUCUAUGGUUGGACUAUGGACGAGAUUGUUCAACAGAUUGGAUUGAAAAAUAAUUGCACUUUCUGUGGUGUAUUUCGAAGGCAGGCGCUUGACAGAGGAGCCAUGAUGUUGAGGGUUGACAGAAUAGUGACCGGUCACAAUGCCGACGACAUUGCAGAGACGGUCAUCAUGAACAUUCUACGAGGCGACAUCGCACGGUUGCAACGCUGCACAGCCAUCACAACAGGAACAGAAGGUGCCAUCCCACGUUCCAAACCAUUCAAAUAUACGUACGAGAAAGAGAUCGUAAUGUAUGCAUACUUCAAGAAACUUGAUUAUUUCUCAACUGAAUGUGUCUAUUCUCCGAAUGCCUACAGAGGUCAUGCCAGAACGUUUCUCAAAGAUCUCGAGUCUAUCAGACCAACUGCAAUUAUUGAUAUCUUACAUUCUGGAGAAAGCAUGGCAGUGAAGAGUGACGUGAAAAUGCCAACACAAGGUACUUGCACACGUUGCGGUUACAUUGCAAGCCAGGAAUUAUGCAAGGCGUGUCUAUUACUAGAAGGCCUCAAUCGAGGGUUACCAAAGUUGGGGAUAGGAAAAACCCAUAAAGCCAAGUUGGAUAAAGUGCUAAGGGAUACUAAACAAAUGGAAGAUAAUGUGGAAGGAGAGAGUUUAGAGUCUCUGAAACACAUAGAAACAAGUGGUGGAGAUAGUCUGAAAGCUGUUAGUCUUGAUUUUUAGUCGUCAGAGUGUUUGUUAUACGUGCUGAAAAAUCUAAUGUGAUUCAUUGCAACAGUAGUUAUCGCUGAGACAGACGGAUGGACGGACAGACAGAAGGACUGACAG